AUGAACCUUGAUGAGCUUCUGAAAUUUGUGUACACUUCUGAAGCAAACCAACAUACCAUUGUGGACAUGAGGGGUACAACACAAGCCAGCUUGUCCUUAACCAAUGCUCUAAGCAGGAAAACUGUUGAUGAGGUUUGGAGAGAUAUACAAGGAGGCAAAGAUAGCAAGGAGAAAAAGUCUAAAGGGAGACAACCUAAAUUUGGAGAUAUGACAUUGGAGGAUUUCUUGGUGAAAGCAGGGGUUGUUACUGAAGAAUCUUCUGCCACAGUUGGUGUUAAUCCAAAUGUGGUGACACCACAGUUCCCUCAACAUCCUCCUUGGAUGCAGUAUCCACAACCACAUUAUCAGCAUCCACAAGGUUUAAUGGGGAUUUAUAUGACUAACCCGAACAUUGCACAAUUACACCUACGAGCGGGUGCUGCAUCAGAUGGAUAUGCAGAGGGUCAGCUGGCAUUGGCAGAUUCUAGGAGACAUGGCAGAAAACGGGCUACGCUGGAAGAGUUGGUCGAGAGGACCGUUGAGAGGAGACAAAAGAGGAUGAUCAAGAAUAGGGAAUCUGCUGCACGUUCUAGAGCAAGGAAACAGGCUUACACAACUGAGCUGGAGAACAAAGUGGCGCAAUUGGAAGAGGAAAAUGGAGAGCUGAGGAAACAGAAGAUGAAGCAAUCACACAAUGGAACUGGUUUCCAUUGGGAGCAAAUAAUGAAGGAAGAAGGUUGGCUUUUAGUAGGGAUGAAAGGAGGUGGAGAAUAUGUUAGCAAGUGUGAAACCAGAAGAACCAAGAUACCAGAUUCGUCGAACUUCGUCGGCGACAUUUUGAAAAUUGUGUUGUAG